GUGGCGCCAACAUCUGGUCACACUGAUCUUGCGGCUUUGGACUCAACUUUAUUCAUUUGCAAAAAUGGACCUGAACACUCUGCUGCAGCGCGCCCAGAACCUGAACAAUGACGCGAAGGCAGAGUGUGAGCUGCCCGCCGUGGAGCGGACGCUUCAGCAGGUCCUGCAGGCCACCACAGAACUCCAUUCCCGCGUCACCCAAACCGGCAGCAAAGAGAUCCAGGCUCACAUACUGCUGGGCUCCAAGGGCGUGGACCUGCCCAAGCUGAACCAGAAGCUGGAGGCGCUGAGUGCCCGGAAAACCUUCGAACCGCUAGACGUAAAGACGGAUACGGAUGUGCGCACAUUCCUCAAGAACGAACGCGAGAAUUCAAUUCUCUCGGUAAUCGAGGACACGAAAAAGAAUAUCAGGGACUCUGCGAACAAGCAGAGGUGGGCCAGUAUGAACAAAGUAUGGAACGAGGAGAAGACCCGUCUGCUAGACGCCUUAAUUGCGCCCUCACAGAACUUUAUUGACCUACAACGGCUGCCGGAACCCACCAUCGUAAAUCCGCAUUACCAGCCACGUUCCUGCCUCGAUCCGCUGGAACUCGUGUAUGCGCAAGAGUUGCGGCAUUACAAUGAACUGCUUCUUAAGAGCAGCCACCGGCCCAAUCUCGUCCAAAAGUUCGCUCAUCUGUCCCAGAGCUUCGGAGAUAGCCGGCUUACGGACAUGUGGACCCUGCUGGCUUGCGUCACCCAAAUCAGCGAGCCGCUGCGCAGUGACCCCAUCAAGAGCCGACAGCAAAGACCGGAGUUUGUUACCCAUGCAAAAUCAUACCUAGAACGGCGCUAUCGUGUGUUCAUGUGCUCCCAAAUCGGUGGAUCCUAUGCCAGCAACAGCUAUCAGUUGGUUCUGGCCUAUGUAAACCAGCGGUUUAGAGCACAGCAGACCAUCGGACUUGUGGACACCGUCGGCGAAAGACCCUUAUGGCCGCUGGUUUACUACGGAUUGCGCUGCGGAUCGACCAAGGUGGCCGUUGAGUUCCUGCGCGAAGCCGGCAGUAGCCACGAUGAGUUUGCCCAGCUCGUUGCAGAUCGCAAUGCGGGCGAAACCAAUUCCAAAAUAGAAAACCAACUGCGAUUGCAGUACGCCAACAAAAUACGCAACUCCACCGAUGCCUAUAAGAAGGCUGUUUACUGCAUCCUUUUGGGCUGCGAUGUCAACGAAGUACACGGAGAAGUGGCCAAGACCAUAGACGACUUCCUUUGGAUGCGGCUGGCCAUGAUACAGCCCGGUGACGCCGACAACUAUGGUAAACUGCAGUCAAUGAUUUUGGAACAGUAUGGGGAAAAGUACUUCAAUGCUAGGCAGCAACCGUAUCUCUACUUCGAGACCCUUGCAUUAACCGGCCAGUUUGAAGCCGCCAUCGAGUUCCUGGCGCGUCAGGAUGACAAUCGCGCACAUGCAGUUCACAUGGCCAUAGCGCUGUUUGAGCUAGGACUUCUAGGCAGUGCGCGCAGUGUGUCGCAGCCCCUGCUUUCGAUCGACAUUAUAGAUCCACAGCCACUGAGACGCUUGAACCUAACCCGGCUUAUCCGACAGUAUGUGCAGCGAUUCGAGCGGACGGACACCUCGGAGGCGCUGCAUUACUACUACACACUGCGCUGUCUGAAGGAUCCCAAGGGUCGGAACAUGUUUAUGGCCUGUGUGUGCGAUCUUGUGGUGGACAGCGGAGUCUUUGAUACCACCAUUUUUGAUCUGAUAUUCGGCAAGCGGCAGUCGAGUGACCAAAACGAUGUUAACAGUGGACUCUUCCGCCAGUUCGAAUGCCCGGAGUUCGACACGCGCACCAUGGCCGGUCAGGUGGCCGACGAACUAGCUGCGCUGGGUAACUUUGAGAUGUCGGCGCGGCUGUACGAAAUGGCGGGCAAGUACAAUCUGGCCUUGAAGCACAUCUGCAUUCUGCUGGCCCAUGUGGUGCACCUGCCCACGCUAUCGUUAAGGGAACGCCUUGGCCUAGAGGCUCAAAGAUUCAACCAGCUGCUGGCCAGCGACAGCAUCGAUGUGGAACCCAAAAUGAAGAACAGCUUUGUGCUGCUGCAAGAUCUGCUUAUCUUCUUCAACUUCUAUCAUGAGGGAAAAUUGAAUGCAGCGUUGGAUCUGCUCGAACAAACCCAAUUGAUGCCCAACACGUCGGACGAUGUGGAUGUGGUUCUGGCCAAUGUGAAGCGACUUAGCGGCGAGGUAAUCAAGGUCCUGCCCGACGUUAUUGUGGCCGCCAUGGAGAUCACCCAGCGGCAGUACAAGCAGCUGAAGACAGGAACGGGCAGCUCGCUGGAACUUAGCCAGAUGCAGCAACUCCGGCAGCGGGCCAAAGCCCUGUCCAACAUGGCAGCCACUAUGCCGUAUCGCCUGCCCAACGACACGAACAAGCGACUGAUUGAACUCGAACUGGAUAUGCACUAAAAUAAAUAUACUUUAAGGAAUGCAGA